AUGGAUCCCACUGCUAAAGCAGGCGCUGCUGCAGCUGCCGCAACCGCGCCAGAGGCGACCGCGCCGACACCACCCGCGACGACAACGACGGCCGCCGCCGCACCACCACCAGAGCAACAGCAACAACCCACGCAGGCGCAAACCUCCACGGUCCCAGUUGCGCAGCCACCCGCGCAAACAACGCAGCAGCGGCAGCAGCAGCAGCAGCAGCAAAGACCUCCUGCCGUCCGGCCGCGUGACCGGUUCUAUCAGCAGUCACUCGGUGGAUCGCUAAAUGCCACUGUCAAGAAGCACUCAUUCAACGACGGCGUCCGUUCAAUUCGCGCCCUCUGGAUCGACGCGGAAAUGGCGUCGCCUUUACUUAAGGAUUCAAUGGAGCUAACCGCAAUCACACAGGCACGCGUUUUGAUGGUCGGCGCUGGCGGUAUCGGAUGCGAACUACUCAAAAAUAUUGUGCUCACUGGCUAUGGCGAAAUCCACGUCGUCGAUCUCGAUACAAUCGAUCUGAGCAACCUCAACCGACAAUUCCUCUUCCGACGCGAGCACAUCAAGAAGUCUAAGGCUCUGGUAUGGUCCCUGGCGCUGCGAUGCCAUGUGGCCAAGGACGCAGCACAGCCCUUCAACCCCAAGGUCAAGAUCGUUGCGCACCACGCGAACAUAAAGGAUUCCCAGUUCAGUGUGAAAUGGUUCCGGGACUUUAACAUCGUUUUCAAUGCACUGGACAACCUCGAGGCCAGACGGCACGUCAACAGAAUGUGCCUGGCUGCGGAUGUCCCCCUGAUCGAGAGCGGCACGACUGGGUUCAACGGCAAUGUUCAGGUCAUCAAGAAGGGAAUUACCGCAUGCUACGACUGCACCACUAAGGAGACGCCCAAGUCCUUCCCGGUCUGCACCAUCCGAAGCACGCCGAGUCAGCCCAUCCACUGUAUUGUCUGGGGCAAGAGCUACCUGCUUAACGAGAUUUUCGGAACGAGCGAAGACGAGUCCGCGUUCGACAACUCAGCCGAUGCCGAGAAUGCCCAAGAGAUUGAGGAACUGAAGAAGGAGGCCGCCGCCCUCAGAGCGAUUCGCGAAUCACUGGGCACCGAAGCCUUUCCUCAGCUUCUAUUCGACAAGGUAUUCAACACGGACAUCGUGCGAUUGGCGUCUAUGGAGGACAUGUGGAAGUCCAGACGCAAGCCGGAGGCCCUCGACUACAAGGCCCUUUCGGACCAGUCGAAGGACGCCCUUGCCUCGAAGGAGGAUAUUCUCAAGGACGGACAGAACGUGUGGACACUGGAGCAGAAUUUCGCAGUUUUCGUCGACAGCCUGGAUCGGUUGAGCAAGCGCAUGCAGGAGCUGAAGAAGGCUCAUCAAGACGCAUCCGAUCCGGGUCCUAUAAUCACAUUCGAUAAGGAUGACGAGGACACGUUGGAUUUCGUAACGGCCAGUGCCAAUAUUCGAUCAACCAUAUUCGGCAUCGAGCGCAAGUCUCGUUUCGAUAUCAAGCAGAUGGCUGGCAACAUCAUCCCAGCCAUUGCGACGACCAAUGCAAUUGUUGCGGGACUCGUAUAUCAGACGAGCGUAUUCGUCGACCUGUCUAGAGCCACGCUCAAGGAUCUUGUCGAAGACUUUGUUCGUCUGGAGCUUGGGUACGGCGAUAAGGAGUUCGCCGUGAAUAACGACGCAGGUCCGCUUUACGACCCAGAUGAGACGGAAAACCUGCCCAAAAAGCUCAGCGACCUUGGCAUCAACGAAGAUACCUUCCUCACCGUUAUCGAUGAGGACGAUGAAGAGCCCUUUGUCAAUGUCGUCAUCAGCAUCCUGGAAUCCAAGGAGUCCUUAGGAGACAAGCCUGUCAAGGGCUUGAUUGCGGAUCAGAAACCCAUGAUCCCUCGCAAGCCCAAGAAGGAGACCCUAGUGGAGUCGAAUGGUACAAGCGAGCAGAAUGGCAAGCCUACUGUCGACGCUGAAGGAGAAUCGGCAAACCUCAAGCGGUCUCGGUCGGACGACGGCGAUGGGCCAAGUGAAGCGAAGAAGGUCAAGGUUGCCACGACAAGCAGCGACGACGUGGUCAUUGUGGAUGAUUCGACAGGUGGAGCAAUCGUCAUCGACGACGACUGA